AUGCGCCAGCGCCUCAAGGAAACUCGAAUCACACAUAAAAACCAUGCAAACAAGCCUAGAGGCUUGUAUAAAAGUGUACAAGGACGAGAAAGUGAUUAUAUACCAAGUCUACUCCAUCACAAUUGAAACCGACCUACGGAAAGGACUACCUCGCGAGCAGGAAGGCGAUCGAGCCUGGCUUGUCCCACAAAAUACUCAACCUGAGCUUCUUGGGCGAGGAUGCCAUGAUAGUGUUUCGCAAUAAAGGUCGGCAACGCCAAAAUUAUGUCCUCCGCCACGCGAGGUAGGAGGUUGUCUUUAUAGGGAGCGAUGACUGUGUUAGUCGGCCUUACACCUCUCAAAGUGAGGUACGACAAGAACUUAAAUAUUGUCUGGCUCUUCUUUGGCUUCGGCAACAUGGCCAUUCCUUACAAAGGUGAUCCCGAGAACAACUCCAUCGACAAGUAUGCGAGUGCAUACUACGCAAAGGAACUGGAGACUGUAAUGGCUGCUAACAUUCCAGCUAUAUUCGCCGACAGUUCUGCCAAAAGCUUCACUAUCAGGGCAGUACCCAGAGCACUGAUGCUCGGCAUCCCCAAGAGACGGUAUCGAGCACUACAGACAUUGUGUCUUGCUGCUGGGCAACAGCAUAGAUACAUGACGUCCGCGUCGUCGAAGCUGUCGUCGUUAACUGAUCAUCGACCUUGUUUUCGAAGACUUCGUCCCUUCCUCUUCUUCUCUGCCCUCGUCGCCGAUUCGCGGACAAACUUCUUCCGUACUUUAGGUUGGCCAUUGUGUGAUUCUGACCUUUUGCCGAUGGCUCUCACAACUCUUAUAUGCCUGGCUGCUAAUUACAUAUGCGGACGGCUUGGCUAAACGUCUUUUAAAUGGCUAGGCGGACGGUAUGCGGGACUAUGGGUGUUGAGAAUGACACGUCCAUGCUCCCAGAAGCUAUAA